AUGCGUCGAUCACGUGCGCCAAGCGCGUGGACCGCGUCAAAGUUCGCUCGUUCCACGCAUGCAAGCAACGACACGAAAACAAAGCAGAAAAACGCCUCGAAAUCGAAUGUGAAUAACUUGGUCGUUUCUCAAUCGGACGACGAAGACAAGGAUAAGGACAAACCAUCGCACAAGCCACACACGAACCCACCAAAGAAAACAGAGGCCAACCGCGAGAAGGCGCAGACCAGUACCUCUAAUGACCCCCCUGCUUCUCACUCAUCCUCUGGAAACGCUCCGUCUCCAUCUUCUUCGCUGUCGACUCCCGCGCAUACGAACUCGAGCCUCACAACACUGAACCUGGUCGUCUCUACGGUCUCUUCUCCUACUCUGACUCUGCCAGCUCCAACGCCUACUAUUCACGCUCCAAUCGUUACUGGCCACACCUCUAUGUCUGAUACUGUAUAUCCUUCCUCGUCUUCUACUCCGGUUCAUUCGCCUGUCAGCAAUUCCGAGGCUGGCGCUGCUCGCAUCGGUCAACAACCACAUGGGUCUCUCCCGACUGUUGCUAUCGUCUUACUAGCCAUCGGCUCUGCUAUGCUCCUAGCAGCCGUCUACGUCGUCUUCAGGAUGUGCAGGAAACCUCGUCGACCACCCAUGCCACGACCCUCUUUGCCUAUUCUUCAGCACGACUCCGACUUCCUAGAUGGUCCGGACGAGGACCCCGGUUCACCGUUGUUCGGAGGCAAAGAGCGACUUUCUUCUCGACCCGGCAGCAAUCAAGCACCUUGGACUUGGACUCAGUAUCGGUCUGGCAUCCCGAAGCAAGCGACCACUGGAAAUCAGUUCCUCUCCCCUGGCGGGUACGGCACUCGCAACGUUUCGUCACCGUCUCGCAAGCCUGCUCCCAGACACACAGAAGAUCCCCGUAUCUCAAUUUCUUCGGCUCACACUGCUACGAUACAACAAGCAUCGAAUGUCAUGCUCGCUCAGCCGAUGAUGCAACAGAUGCAGAACCCUGGUACCUCCCGACUCUCUGCUGUCUCUAUGUCCAUAUACCCCGGGACGCCUCGGAUGACCGCUCGGGGUCAUGAAGACAUCGGUGUCGCGGUCAGUGAUCCUGCUCUUCAAGGUAUCACCGGGGCCAACACCGAAGUCGACCCCGUGCCCAAGUCAAAGAGAAGAUCUAGCGCACGCCGGAGUACACUCGACGCUCGUGCCAUGGCAAGACGGUCCACCCUCUACGGCGAGUCGGAAUACUUCGCCUACGAAGGAGCUGAAGUCGUAUCGCCUACUCUGCCGGCCCCAGUCAAAUCCGUCGCUCAAGGUCGCGCUCCGGUCAAGGCUUCUUACAACGCUGGGUCCUAUGUGCGUGGCUCCGCCUCUACGUCGAACGUCAAGAGGGUACCGCCUCCUGUUCUAGCCGAUCCUUUUGACGACAAUCUGCACGCGGUCCCACCUGUUCCAUCGCCGGAGUCGAGUGAGCAACGUCACAGAAGCACGAAGGCGUUGACGAUGGCGCUCGGUCUCGCCACGCCGGAACUUCCUGAUCCACUUUCGCCGGGCAUGACCGUCUGGCCCGACGAUUCGUUGAGCAGGAGAGGGACGAAGAAGGAGAAGGACUUGGGGAUGAGGAUGUUGGAUAGUCCGGGAUUGGAGGCGACGACGUCGUUGGGGAUGUUGAUGUUGUCCUCGGACGACGUUGUUUCUCAGGCUGGGGUGGCCGAACAGACUAGGGCUAUGGAUAAUGGGACGGGAAUGGCUUCAUCUCGAUCCGCCUCGCGGAAACGUGACACCUGGAAACAGCCUAGAGUGUCUACAGCGCCACAGCUGCCUACGCUCGCUCAGAUGGCUCUGGCGCAUGCGAACCCGACAGACUACGAGGACUAUAGGAGCCCUACGUAUAGUAUCUAUGGAUUGUAUGGGCCGGACAGGAAGAGCAGGAUGGACGGUGGUGGGUAUUGA